UAAUUCAAUUUGUACUAAAACUGUAAAUUUUGGUGGAUGCGAUCGGACUUUGUCGCGGGGAAGGAGGCUUACUUUAUUCGCGCCGUUAAGCCUCCUUUUUGAAAUUCAAAAUGGCGUCGUCGAGAGUUCUAUCACUAUCAAAUUAUGAGAGACAAACGCGUGAUGAUGCUGAAUCUAGUCUAGAUGAGCUAAGGCAAAAACUGGAGAUUUCUCCAACCAAAACGCCAAACAGAAGAAAUCCAAAACUUACCUCUAGUCAGUCAAGUCCAUAUUCUGCUUCUGUGGAAAAGUUAAAGGACCUCAUCCACAAAUACGAUAAAAUGAAAGGAAGAAAGACAAAUGAGUCUGUUGCUGUUAGACCUGACAUGCCUGAGCCAGAUGAACUGGCCCCACUUUUAAGUGAUCAGCAUGCACUCCUGCAACAUCUUGAAGGCCAAGUCAAUUAUUACAAGGAAGCUUUGUCGACGUUGAAACAAAAAGCAGAAAUCGUUAUUGAAGAAAACAGUCGAUUGCAUGAGCAAAUAAUCGAUGGAAUUCAAAAUGAAUUUAGUGAUUUGAAUGGAAGCUACAUUGCAUCAGAGUCGCAUUCAAAGCGAUCAUUGAUUGACUGCGGUAUUCAGACAGACAUCAAUCAAUCAACCCAUGACGUAAACAACAGUACACAUACUAAAGAAGACCGACUGGAUUGUGAAAAGACAAGUGAAACACAACAAAAUAACGAAAAACAUGAUAUUUUAAGGAGUAAAAAAGAACCACAGAAUGCAAAUUUUCCGAAAGAUCAACCUGAUUCAGUGGCAAGAAAAGUUUCUGAUUGCCAGAAUUUCGAUAAUAAAAUUAGGCGACUGACGGAAAUAAAAGAGGAAAAGACAAAACUUCUGGAAAGUUUGCUAGAGGCUGCAAGAAAGGAGUCAAAGGAAAAAGACUUGGUGAUAAGCAAACUAGAAAACGAUAAAACCAAGCUGGAAAAGGAAGAUAUACUGAAUUACAAGGAAGAUGGGUUUCUUUGUAUCAAAUGCGCCCACCACGAAGGUGUGAUUGGUGCCCGAAAGUUUGGAGUGAAUGAACGAGUGAUCAAGAGGAUGGAAAGUGAAAACCUUGAAUUAAUGGAAGUCGCAAGUAAACAACGAAAAACAAUUGACGAGCUAAGAAGGAGAGAAACGGAGGCAUUCGCCCGUGUUAAGAAAAGUUGUGAGAUUGCUGAGGAAGUUCAGCUAGAAAAACAGCAGCUGAACAUCAGUCUUCAAAAAGCAAAGUUGGAAAUUGCCCGGAUGAAAGAAGAAAGCAACAGUCAACUGAACAAGUCUAACGAGCUUAUGCAAAAAGAGAAAUUGAAAUUAAAAGUGGAAGGUGAUGAGAAAUUAAUGAAAUACAAAGAAAUGUUUGAGGAGGUAAGCGAAAAAUCAUCUAAAACUGAAAUACAACUGGACCGUGCAAUAAGAGAAAAACUUGACCUAAAAGCCACACUUGACAAACUUGAGACAGAGAUUACUGCUCAUGAUAAAGAGAUGGAAAAGAAAUUAGACGAGUCUGGAUAUGCGUUGCGAAAGGCAAACACAGAAAACGCUUUACUUUUACAAGAAAAUCAAAGACUUAACAAAGAGAAGAAACAUUCAGAAAAGGUGCAAGAACAGAAACUUGACUGGUCAAAUUCUGAACUGAUAGCAAUGAAGAAAAGAUUGCUAGACACGGAACAGAGUCUUGAGGCUUCGAAAAGUGAGUGCCUGAGCCUCACAGAGGAACUGCAGACUAUAAAGACACGGUUACAUGCAGAAGUGAACACAAGGAACCAAGAAAGCAGUAUUCAUCAAUACGAACAAGAACAAAUGCGAAUGGCAAGUAAACAACAACAACAGCAUUUAGAAAAGUCUUUACGUGAAUCAGAGACAAAAUACGAAGCAACUAAAGGAGAGCUCAGCUCCUUAUUAGAAUCACAGAUACAAAUAUCGAAAGACUUUAAAGAGGAAUGCAAACAGCUGAUCGAAAAGCAAGAGAAGAUGGAAAAAGAAAACAGAGCUACCCAGUCCAAAAUACUGCAAGAGAAUUCGCAAUUGAAAAGGGAGUUAGAAAAAACAUCAAAUGAAAAGCGGAACCUAUCUGAUCACUUACUUAAAAUCCGUGAACGAUAUGAAGCUCUGGAAAAGUCAAUGGCUGCUGCGCAGGUCCAAAUUCAGAAAUAUGCUGAAAAGGCAAUUUCAUUAAUGAACAAGUACAACUCCGUCUUAAGAGAGAGGCAGCUUUUGAGAGAGGAGGUUAACUUCUUAAAAUCUCAACUCCCUGCAUUUCGACACAGUGAUAGAAUAUCUAUAUCAGAUCUGGACAGUACAGAGAAGCCAACUGGAUGAGUUCAGGUGGUUUAUUUUUGUUUUUCAUUUGUUGCUUCUAAAAUGGAGCAGAAAACCCUUUUAACCUAAUAAAAAAAACUGCUAAUAUAAAAAGCUCAAAUCAAAUUGUUUGUAAAUAAUUAUUUAUUGUCACAUAACUAAGAGUAUUGUAUCAUAUGUGUGGUAUACGUUAUUUCUUUUUGAUACUCAAUAGCCUUCAUCGGCUUGAAAUCACAGUUCAAUUUACAAAUCCUUUCGCUAGACAUCGCCGAGCCUUAUAUAUUGAAGUAAAUGGCACCAAAGGAUGUCUCAAUUCGCCAUGACCAUCUCACUUUCUGCCAGAGCGCUGCCAAGCCUUAACAUACAACGCUUGCCAAACGCAGGGGCGGAUCCAGGGCAAAUUUGAAGGAGGGGCAGUUGGUAGUGGGGGCGCUGAAAACUUUUCAAAAAUUGGUGACGAGAGUACGCUGUAUACAACAAUUUUAGACCCAUUUUCAGAAUAAACAACAUAACUUUGAAGUAAUCCUUGAAGCAAAUUAAACUAUCGGUCUCAGAAACUUUAUCAUCUGAUUCUCAUUCUUCAAAAGAGGCACACAAUUUCCAAAAAAGGGGCGCCAGACUUGCUUCAACUCGUCGAGGGAGGGGCAACUGCCCCAACUGCCCCCCCCCCACUUAAAUCCGCCACUGGCCAAACGUACACCCAGACAGUUUCAGUCAUUUCUCGAUCUAUUUUCAAUUCGCGCCUAUAGAAAUAAGUAAUUAGGUCCUUUCAUUAGAUAGCCAUUAGUGAUGGCAUAGAUGUGAGAGUGACUUAGUUAAACCCAUGUAAACCAGUUAUAAAGAACACAAGUCAACUCAUUCAGAGUUCAAUGCAUGAAACAAUCCAAAAGCAUUUUUUGGCAACUUAUGAUUUCACUUGAACAGUUGUCUGAAAGCGUUAUUCCACAAGGGGCUCAACAUCUGUCAACUGAUAUCUAUCAUCUGUCCGCAAGGGGUUUAACAUUUGGAAGAAUCAUCACUACCAAACAAGCAGGCUAUAUCAAACAUCCCUUCGUUGCAGUGGCUACUGAAGCGGCCUCUUUUUUCGAUUUCAAUGCCCUCCUUUGUUAAUUAGAGAAGGGAUUUUGUUAAUUGAGGCUGUGACUUAUAAUUUCUUAGAUCUACGUAGCUGACUUUUAUAAAAAAGAUCUCGGAUUUUAGAAAAGAUGAUAGCAUCCGUAGUUGAGCUGGAACCUCAGUAGGAUCAUCUGGUGCUGAAGGGUUUAUGUGUGUAAUCAGGAAGCUAUGGGAAAGGCAUACCUGCCUUACGGGCUGACCUGACAUGAAAAAUUACAUGCAGAAUCGGUGUUCAGCAUUUUAUAGCCACAAGAUAAUCAAAGAAGAUUGAUUUGUUGGCCGUUUAUAUGGAUAUUUGUAGUGUAGAGGAGAGUACUGCCAUCUUUUGUUGGCCUCCUCCUCGUGCCUGAAGCAAAUUCAACUCGUAGCUACCUCGUCCCUCUCUUCACAUCAAAAAUCAGUCAGAAGAAUUCUGAAGUUUUUGAGUUUAUGGUAUGAUAGUUUUUAUUGAACUCUGUUGUGUUUCUAAAAGUUUAUU